GCGGUAAGGACUACAGUGUCUGCGUCCAUCACGCUCCUUCCAAGGAGGCGCUCUAUAUAUUCGCUUUUGGACACGUGGGAUGCUAAACUGAAUUCUUCAUGCACGUUCAGAAUCAGGCGUUUUCAAUCGUCGGCACGGUUUCUUACGGCGCACAGGUCGACCAUGGUUCUGCGAAUUCCCAAAAACUCGCUCCUCUUAUUACUAGGACGACAGGUUUCAUAUGUUCUCUUGGCUUGUGGACCCACUUCGAGAAUUCGGUAUCUGCCCAUGAAGCUCAGGACCCGAGCCACAGAUUUCGCAAACCUCCUACCCGUGAUGUCAAGGAAAUAAUUCUUCAGAGCAGACGCGACAGGGGCAUCGUAUCUUCCAGCAGUACUUACGUGGACGAUGGUAUUGCCGAUUACCUACCCACCCUGAUGGUCCUGCCGAGACCCAUCCCUAUUUUAAUCCUCUCCUCGGUGGACUACAUCGGUUCCAGCCGCAUCAUACAAGGCGAGGAUGGCUGGGCGGCUAUCGUUCCCAGCAAGAAGACCGCACGGGAUGCCGUCCGUCGACGUGGUGUGGAUAAGUUUUUCAGGCCCCUCUUUCGUGAUCUAGUCACUGAUCUCCCCGUGGCAAUCCCGACGGAAAACGCGAGCCUUGGUGUAGCGACGUACACCGCCCGAUCGAUCGUCACUAGUAUGUUCGGAGUGGACCUAUUUCGCGUGUUACCCGAAUCACAUACUAGUCCGUCCACUGAACCUUUCGUGGAGUACUUCGGCGUGUAUCUGAUGCGUUACAUCGAUUGCGUGGUGAUGUCACGGGAAAAUUGGGACAAGAUUCCAGACGACGAGAAGAACAAGAUUUACCGUGACUGGGCCCCGCACUUAUUAGAGGCGUCUGAGCCGCGCAGGCACUUCCCGAUCACAAAGUUCUCGUACAUCAAAUUCGAUGCCAAUGUCAUUGGCUACGCCGAUAUGCUAUCCGCAAAAGAACCUUCCACGGAGGCUGUAAUGAGGCUGCAACACGACAUUACGACGGGGGUCGUCGACGACAAUCUUUAUGUGCAAGACAUCAACUGGGAUGACAUCGUGGACGCGGAUGAUGGCGACAUUCUCUUGUCCGGAUCUCCGAGGUCGUAG